AUGUCCGAGUCUCUCAACGUGAUUGCCUUAGUAUCAGGUGGAAAAGACAGUUUCUUUUCGAUCAUACAUUGCAUUCAUAAUGGACACAAAGUCAUCGCAUUAGGAAAUCUUCAUCCACCCCUCACUAAGCCUCAACCAAUAGGGAGCAAUAGCAUUGCCAAGGAUGAACAUGAUCUCAAUAGUUUCAUGUAUCAGACUGUAGGGCAUACCGUCAUACCAUUAUACGAAGAGGCUCUAGGUAUUCCGCUAUAUCGUCAGGCUAUUAUUGGCAAUGCUGUCCAGACGGGGACAAGCUAUAGUCAUGCGAAUAUUACGAGUUCUGGGGCCCAGGAACCGAUUGAAAAGGAGAGCGACGCGAAUGAGGAUGAGACAGAAUCACUUAUUCCUUUAUUGAAGAGGAUACUAGUUGCCCACCCUGAGGCGAAUGCCCUUAGCACAGGUGCAAUACUCUCUACUUAUCAACGAACGCGCGUGGAAUCCGUAGCAUUACGAUUGGGACUUAUUCCUCUUUCGUUUUUGUGGCAGUACCCGAUCCUUCCACCUGGUAUGCAAAUUUCUCUCCUACAAGACAUGCAAGCUGUAGGGUUAGAUGCGAGGAUUAUCAAGGUAGCGAGUGGUGGGCUUGAUGAGAGCUUUUUGUGGGAAAAUGUUGCUAGUGAGAAGGGAAUGCGGAGGGUGGAAAGAGCCAUGCAAAGAUUUAGUAUUGAUGGCGACGGAGCUGUAUUGGGCGAGGGUGGAGAAUUUGAGACUCUAGUUGUGGAUGGGCCAAGCUGGCUGUUUAAAAAGAGAAUAGUCGUUGAGACAAAAGACACGAGGAUUGUGAGGGAAGGUGGAGGAUCUGCUUGGAUACAAAUAAGUGAUGCGUGCUUGAUGGAUAAAGAAAUCAAUGGGAACGAAGAGAAAUCCUGUCGAGUACCAGAAUUUCUCGAUCAAAGGUCUUCGGAUAUCCUAUCAGCACUGGAAAAAAACGAAUAUUCCUACGACCCUUCUACAUCAAGCAUGACGAACGACGAAACAUCGGCAUCGACGGCAUGGGAGCUGCAAUCCCCUAAAAUUAAGGACGUCGAAGAUAGCAAUAUGCUGCACUGGACAGUUGCACCGGAAAAUGCAUCUUGUGUAUUAAUAUCAGAAGAAGCUGAGGAUGUUGUGGAAACCAUAAGGUUGCGACUUAAUGAGGCAUCACUUUCAACCACCAACAUUGUCUCUACCAUGAUUAUACUACGUUCAAUGGAAGACUUCACAACAAUCAACAAGAUCUACGGCACACUCUUCCCGCAUCCCAAUCCCCCAUCCCGCGUAACUAUCUCCUGCGGCGCCUCAAUGCCCCUGAACAUAUCCCUCCUAAUCCAUCUUACACUCCACAUCCCAUCAGCUACCUUACCACCCCGCAAAGCUCCACACGUACAAUCACGUUCCUAUUGGGCUCCUGCCAACAUUGGACCUUACUCACAAGCCAGUUCCCUCCCCUCCUCGCUCUCAUCCUCCCAAAGUCUCACCAUCGCUGGACAAAUCCCCCUCAUUCCCCACACCAUGCUUCUUCCCACGCCAUCACCCCCCUCCUCAACACUACCAUCACCCACCUUCCACAUCUCCACAGUUCUCUCUCUCCAAUAUCUUCUUCGUAUCGCAGACGUCACAUCAAUCAAAUGGUUCUCGAGCGCUUGCAUCUACAUCCCAUCUCACCAUACCACUGACCAAUAUUCCCCAUCCACUCGGUCCAGAAUCGCUUACCAAGCAUGGAAACAAAUCCAUACUCCCCAAACUCUUGAUUCCGACGACGACGAACCUCGCGAUCUAUGGGAGGAAAGAUUUCGCUACUCUAACACAGCCUCCUUGUCAAAUGGAAACAACACCAGUACUGCCUAUCCCGACUACACCAUUCUACAAACAGACACUCUCACGAUCCCGCCAUUCUGGACUGCAGAAGUAGAUUCUUUACCGCGAGGAAGCGAAGUUGAAUGGCAUGCGCAUUUAGGAAUAUGUGACGGCCCCAUCAAUGUUUGUCCCUCAAUCUAUCCGCUACAUUUCCCCCUCUAA